CAAUGAACGAGCUCGUUGUGGGUACCGUGCUCUCGGUGUAGCAGGAUGUUGUUGUUAGCCUCUUCGGUGAACGGGAAUAUGCAGUAGUCCCACACACAGUUGGAUGUUUUAAAGUAAUGGCCUGAGAUCCACCCUCAUUCAAAAAUGGCGAGAUACAGACAGUGCAUCCUCUGUGAAACAGUCCACGUCUCCAAGCAGGAGAUGGAUGAACACAUGAGAAGUAUGCUGCACCACCGUGAGCUGGAGAAGCUCAAAGGCCGGGACUGCGGCCACGAGUGCAGAGUGUGCAAGGUGACGGUGUCGAGCCUGACCGAUUACGCCGGCCACAUUUCCAGUCCCACGCACAAGCAGAAUGUGGAGGCUGCGGAACAAAAGCACGCCGGGAAAGACCACGAGGACUACUUCGACCAGGCAUUGGUGGACCUGAUCGAGAAGAGAAAAGAACACAUCAGAAAAGAGAAGGAGGCUGCUGCUGCAAAGCUGGCAAAAGAAGAAGAGGAUCGCCGGAGAAAGGAGGAGUAUCAGCAGAGGUUGAAGGAAGCUAAGGAGCGUUACCGCCUGGAGUACACCUGGCAGCAGUCGUCACAGGGGUUCUGCGGGUCCGGUCACGGUCAGCACAACUCUUGGUACGGAUGCAACCAGUACAAUGCCCGGUCAGGGGAACCACAACCCUGGCACAAUAACAAACGGGGGAAAAGCGCCACCUGGCAUGCCCAGGAGCCUCCCAACUUUCAGAAGUGGGCAUCCAACGAGUUUGUCGGUGGAAGCUUGCAUAGCCAGGGCGGGUGGAACAGGAGGCAGUGGGAUCAGGGCAGGUCCUCUGGCAAUCAACAGAGUCGACUGCCUUGGCUCAGCAGUGGAGGCAGCAGCAACGGGAUCUACGGCCAAAACAACAUAGCCCAGUACCCACAUAGGGGCCGGCCUUCGGGCCACUUCGGUCCAAAGCCUCAGUAUCCUCCUCCCCCCAGUUUUUUUACCCGGGCUUUGAACCAAUUUCAAAAUACAUCCAACAACGAGGGGGGUCAGCAGGGCGACAGGCUUCAGAAAGCCGACGGACAAACGGCAGAAUCUGAAAACAGCAGCUGUAAAAUCACCAAGAACUUUGGCAGCAAUCCGAAGCUGGACAAAGCCUGUCGCUGGUCACCGUAUCCAGUCACAAAGGGCCUUGAAUCUGCGCCCCAAAAGGACACCAAUCUAAACCCAUCAGAGAAGUGCCCCAAAGUCCCCAAACCCCAGAAGCAAGAAAAAGCCCCAGAAAGCAGUGCCGUUAACAGGCUCUCCCGACCCAUACAGAAAGCUGGACAGUUGCCCUCUAGUGGGAAAACAGCAGAGGAGAAACAGGGGCAUAAAACAAACCUUAAAACUAAGCCCAGAGACAGGAGCAGCAGCGGCAGUAGAAGCAGCAGUGCUCAGAGAGAAGACCAGCAGACGUCUGCAGCGCCUCCUUCAAAUCAGAAGGUAAAUAUGCCAUUGCUGCAUAAAGAUAAGAAGAUGUCCUCGCCUCCCGGUCUGCACUCUGGAGCUCAACUCGGUAAGUCCUCCAGUCAAGGGCAUGCGCAGCCAAAGUCAACUUCAAAGCAGAGUGGACUCGGCUCUAAAGCUCCGCCCGUUGGGCCCCUGAAAUCGAGGCAGGAACGGCAGCUUCCAGAAGCUUUACGGAAAGAGAGACAGAUAGAAAACAGAGGUUCUUUUGAUAGCUCCAGCAACAACAGGAAGGAGAUGUCACCGCACAUCGUGGAGGAGCAGCAGAGCGAUUGUGUUCCGGGUCAAAAUAAAGAAAACAGCUGUCGGCAGAAUGCAGCUAAACCCCAUUUACCCACCAGGCCAGAAAAGCCUGCGUUGCAAUCUUCAGAAGGUAGCCAGUUCCUCCAGUCGUUACAAGUCAGUACGUCCACCGCGGAGAGCUCGGAGCCCGCCGCCGCGAGCAGGGAAGGAGAGAACAGGAGGACAGUAAAGGAGCAAACCUGCUCACCGGCCCCAGAUGAAGCGAUGCAGGCCGCGGAGGCGGGGCAGAGCUCGGAGAGCGACACCUCCAGAAGCAGCGAAGCGCCGACGCUCUCGGGAUCGAACACGAGUCUGUCCAAACUCGACCUGCCCCCCGUCCUGAAGCGCGACCUGACCAAGCACAUAAGCUCCAAAACUGGCAAAACGGGAAGCCACGAGCCCAACCUGAACAGCGCCAGGCGGGUGCGAAACCUGAGUGAGUCGCGGAGGAGCGACACGGAAAAGGACUCGGGCCUCAAACCGACCGUGCGGCAGCUCAUCAGCUCGUCGGGGUCUCGCCGCAAAGUGAACUGGGACCAGGUGUAUCAGGAGGUCAGGAAGAAGCAGGACAAAGGGAAAGGCAUGCCACGGUUUGGGAUAGAGAUGGUGUCGACUGAACAGGAGGACCAGAGCCAGGAGGAGGAGGACAUUCCCCUGCUCGAGGGGUUGCACUGGGACUCGUUGAUGGACGUCUCUACUCCGUGCGCCACCCGGAAGCGCUCCUUAUCCGAGAGCAGCCUCGCCCCUGAAUCCGCUCCGCCCCUGUUCACCUCCCUCGUGUCGAAGGAGGUGUCUCAGGGAUCUUCUGUCUCCCCCGUGUUCACUCAAGGGAGCAAAGACGUUCGCUGUCAACAAGAGGUGGAUCCCGUGCUCGGUCAGUUUGGGGCCCAGGCGCAGAAGCAGCCGGGCAAACUAACGUCAGCGCCAGUGAAGGCCCUCCAGCGUUGCGAUUCCGUGCUCGGGGACAGCAGCUCAGGGACGGAGCAGUUUGAUUUUCAGGGAACAGGGAAGAGGCGAAGAGCAGCCGGGGACGUUCCGAGUCCAGAGGCGUCUUGUGCGGAACACAAUAACAAAAGACGGAAGGUCAAAACCAAGAAAGAGCGUUUGCAGAUCGACCAGCUGCUGGCCGUGUCUCUGCGGGAGGAGGAGCUGAGUCGCUCGCUGCAGACAGUGGACACCGGCCUGAUCCAGGCCCGUGCGGCACUGGAAGCCGCCUACAUGGAGGUGCAGCGACUCAUGGUGGUGAAACAGCAGGUGACUGCUGAGAUGAGCACACUGAGAAACAAGCGCAUCGACUUACUCAAAGGGAUGCAAGGCAGCAUGGAGGAAGCCCCCCAGGUCAAACUGAAAGAAGAAAAGAUGGAUUCCGUAGCUACAGACGCACACUUGGCUUCCUCUGCUCUGCUUUCCCCUUUCACUGCUGCUGCCGCCUCCUGUCCUGGUCCUCCUGCUCAGCGUGCCUCCCCUCCGUCCCCCAGCCUCCCCUUCACGUCUGUAGUCGUCAAGCAGGAGCCCCAGUCUCCCGUCCACGUUAGCUCAGAGCCGGACGCUGUGGACGAUACCCACUGUGCUCACAGCACGACGCCGGAGCUGCCCGUCGCUCCCGCUGCCGCCUCCCAAACAGAUCCUUCCCUUAACUUCCUGCCAUCUCCCGAGAGAAAUCCCGAGCUGUACCAAACUAACACAGAGCACGUUUGGGAGAACUUCGUAGAGCCUGCGGACCACAACUGGAGCUCACCUGGACUGUUCGAGACGACGGAAACGGGCAUACAGACGUCCUGUCUGAUCCCCGUGACAGACUCCAAAACCUCUGUGAAGCUUCUGCCAAUGAGCAGGAAGGGCUCAGAGGUCGACUGUGCAGCCGCAAAGUCCCCCGAGCCCCCCUCUGUGCCUUCGGUGUUCAGUAUCCCCGCCUCUCCGUCUGAGCUGAGCAGCGGGAAGCGCGUGAGGAAGCUCAAGAAGAGGAAGGUGCUGAAGAAGGCCCAGGGGACGGAGCAGCCCGAGAGCAGCGACACAGAGAUCGACGGAGAGCUCUCGAGGCCGAGGUGGCUCCGACCGCGCAGGAGACCCAGCGGAGGCUCUCAGGUCAGCACCUCCACCCUGCCCACAGAUGACAGAGAGGGGGACAUGAUGAACGUGGAGAACAGCGAGCAGCUACAGAAAGAAGACCGCAAAUCAUUCAUGGUCGAGCUUCCCCACGUGCCCCCCGCUGAGCUGACGGCGAACUUGGAUUCGGAGGAAAGCAUGGAGGUCACCGCCGCCAUGGACGCCACGGUUCCAGCUCCCGCUCCGCUCCAGCUCCCGGACUCCUCCAGACCCGAGCCCAAUAGCCUGGCCUGCAACGAGGUCACCUCCACGAGCGACAUGGAGAUUUGUAAAUCCUCUGAGAGUGACAUGCCGUUUCCCAUCACACUGCCCAAGACGACGAAGACGUCAUCAGAUGCGUCUUCGGACCAUGGUGGGGACGACAUGCCCACCGAGGGGGCGUUCGAGGGCCACCUGGAGGCGGUGAACGCCAUGCAGAUCCACAACGGUCUGCUGUACACGUGCUCAGGAGACCGGACCGUCAAAGCCUUCGACCUGGUGAGUCGUAAAUGUGUGGGCGUGUUCGAUGGUCACACCUCCAAAGUGAGCUGCCUCUUCGUGUCCGCGGUUCCCAGCCUGCAUCAUCGCCUCUAUUCUGGUUCCAGUGAUCAGACGAUCCGCUGCUACAAUCUCAAGACACAGGAGCUGGAGCAUCAGUUCUCUCUGUCCGACAGAGUCCUCUGCCUCCACAGCCGCUGGAGGACUUUGUACGCGGGCCUGGCGAACGGCACGGUGGUGACCUUUAACCUCAAGACGAACAAGCAGACGGAUGUGUUCGAGUGCCACGGGCCGCGGGCCGUGAGCUGCCUGGCCUCGACGCAGGAGGGAGCUCGCAGGAUCCUGCUGGUCGGCUCCUACGACAGCAGCAUCAGCGUGAGAGACGCCAAGAACGGCCUCCUGCUGCGAACGCUGGAGGGACACACCAAGACCGUCCUCUGCCUCAAGGUCGUCAAUGAUCUUGUGUUCAGUGGCUCCAGUGAUCAGUGCGUCUACACACACAACAUCCAUACCGGGGAGCUGGUGCGGGUCUACAAAGGUCAUAGUCACGCCGUCACCGUGGUGACCGUCCUGGGUAAAGUGAUGGUGACCGCCUGCCUGGACAAAAUGGUCCGAGUCUACGAUCUGCAGUCUCACGACCAGUUGCAGGUCUACGGCGGACACAAGGACAUGGUGAUGUGCAUGACUGUCCACAAGAACAUGAUCUACACGGGCUGUUACGACGGCAGCGUGCAGGCCGUCAAACUGAACCUGAUGCAGAACGUCCGCUGCUGGUGGCACGGCUGCUCGCUGGUCUUCGGGGUGAGAGAGCAUCUGCAGCAGCACCUGAUCGGCGACCACACCGGCGCCAACCUCCAGACGCUCAAGUGCCGCUGGAAAAACUGCGAGUUUUUCUGUGCGCGCAACAGCUCCAAGCAGGCGAUGCUGGUGCACAUGCGUACACACGCCGAGGAGGAGACGGACCUGGAGCCUUAGGGGGGCCGGUGGUGGGAACAUUGUUUUUUCCCCCUGAGCCCUUUUCUCCUUUCCCCCGUUUAAUAUCUUCACCCCCCCUCCCUCCUCUCUGUUAACCUCCCAUAUUGGGGGGGAUGUUCUUAGGGACCCACUUAACUCUGCAGCGCUCCCUGUCCAGCCUGAUGAGUGGCGUCUGGUGACUCCAUCCUUUAAAUGUUCGGUGUUGGAAUCCAACCAAAAAGUACAAUCAUGAGAGAUGAGAGUUGGUCGUUCUUCUGGUCGUUAUGUUCUACAGAACAGGCCUUUUCCUCUCUCUCUCUCUCUUUCUGUCUGUCUGACUACUUCUCACUGACCAAAGUAAAAACAAAGAAACACGACGACAACUUUUGUUCACUGAAGAAACUCUCAGCGUUUGCCGGUAUCAGAUGGGAGCUGUUCCGCUUUUUUUCUUUUUAAAAAGCUGCAACUAAAAAAACAUAACUCAAAAAACAAUAAUCAUCUUCCGGAGUGGUUGGCUACAAUAUGGCAUGGGGCUAAGAGAUGUUUUUAUUGUUAUAGUGCAGUUUUGAUGUGUCAUGUUGAGCAACUUGUAGUUAUUUUUAUUUAGUUUCCAUUAUUCACUCGCUCUUAGGACAAUAAUUGUUUUUAAGUUGUCGGGGAAUUAAUGUUUUUAACUUUUGAAGGAGUUUUUAUUAAAAUGGCAGGAUUUCCCUUUUUUGGGGGCCUUAGGUUUCAGUUUACUCUAACAGACAUUUUUUUUGAGUCUAGGAUUACAAUAAAUUUUAUUUUUUUAUUUUUUGCUCGUUCAGGCGGUUUAAAGCUGAUGAGGGACUUUGGUGCAGUGUCGUGUGACUUGGCCUUGAAGUUGCCAUUUUGAGAUUUUGCAUUUGCAGUGAAAACAGAACCGAGACAUGGACAUGGUGCUGUGAGUGUGUGAGUGUGUGUGUGUGUGUGUGUGUGUGUGUGUGUGAGUCAGUGUGUGAGUGUGUGUGUGUGUGUGUGUGUGUUACAUGUGUGUGGAUUUAUUCCUCAUAAUUGUCAACAGAGUUUUCCAUGAGUGAGUGUGAAGUUUUUUAAAGACGUGAUUUCCUCCCGGGAAAUGUUGUUUUUUUGGAAUUCGUUUCUUAAUUUUUUUUAUUUGGAGCAAUCGGAGCGAAAGCUGUGUGUUUCCCCACAGUUGAGAUGGUUUUUCUAACGAGGAGCGGAGGUGAAGGAUGUUUAGAGGAGGUGUCGGAUGGAAGAGCUUGAAGGGAAGAUUUAGGAUUCAUCUCCCAUGCCAUACUUCACCCUCUUUAAAAAAAUAAAACCGCUUUAAAACAUUUUAUUUUAAAAGCCCAUUCAAACAGUUUUAAUCUUUGUGAAAAGCCCGGUCGACGGAUUUGUUUUGUUAACCCAGAUGUUUGUCACAGCCGCCAAAUCUUCCAAAACUCUCCUCUCGCCCGCUCUGUCGCUUCCCGGCCCGACGAGCAGCGUGCAGUUUCCAUCCUCUUACCCGGCAUUCCUGAGUUUCUUCACGUCUCUUUUUCAGUUGUCGUCAAAAGUUUGUGACGAGACCUUUUUUACGAGAGUGCAAUCAAAGAAAAAUUCUAAAUUGUAAUAAUAAUAAAAAAGAAAAUGUUGCAACAUUA